ACUCAAAGUGGGGAGUUUCGGGCUUCGACGCACAAGGAAAUAAUUAAAAAAAAAAAAAAAGACCUUGGUUUUGGCUUUCUCAUAGUUUGGCCGUCGAACUCGAAAGUCGAAUAACGAGUGUUAAGAGUGUUCCUUGGCGAAAAUCUAAGAAAACCCACGUAAUUUUCCUUCGAACAAUCAAAACCCAACUUCCCAGUUUCACCCCUAAAACCCGCCAGUUUUGGUAACACAGUCCUCUCUCUCAGAUCCAUCUUCCCAACCCAUCUAAACCCAAAACACGUCCUUUAACGCCAAACCAGAAAACCAAAACUCACCAUCCCUUUCCCUCUUUAAUUUCUUUCCUUCUUUCUUCUAUUUUCUCUCUUAUAAAUUUGAGUCGAAUGCCGUUUCAAUACAGACCAAUUUUCUUAGCCUAGAGAGAAAGUGAAGGGAUAGAGAAAGAGAAAGAGAGAGAGAUGGCGGGUCAGAUUGUUAAAGCGAGGAGGGAUAAGCUGGAGGCAUGCAUGACGUGCCCUCUUUGUAAUAAGCUCUUGAGAGAAGCUACUACCAUCUCUCUCUGCCUUCACACGUUUUGCAGGAAGUGCAUAUAUGACAAGCUCUCAGAUGACGAGGUCGAUUACUGCCCUGUAUGCAAAAUUGAUUUGGGCUGUCUUCCAGUGGAGAAACUCAGGCCAGACCACAAUUUGCAAGAUAUUCGAGCGAAGAUCUUUCCUCUUAGGAGAAAGAUCAAUGCGCCUGAAGCUACAACCCCAACUCCUGUGCCUGUGAAAAGGAAGGAGCGGUCACUAUCUUCGUUAGUGGUAAAUACACCCAAAGUUCCAAUCCAAACUGGCUUGACUGGAAGGAGAACAAAAGGUAGCAGCAGAAGGCCUCCUCCUUCACGAGGUAACAACUUUGCUGCAGAAGGUAACAUCAAGGGAGAAGAUUCUCCAGAAGAUCAUCCAUUAAGCUCAAGCUCGCCUGAAUCUCAAAUCAGAACUGGUCGAAAUAAAAUGCAGGAUUCUUUGUCUGCUGAACCUUCUGGUAAGAAAGAGAAUGACGAUCUUGGAAUGGAAGGAAAAGCUGAUCUGUGGAAACCUUUAACCUGUCUUGUAGAAGUUGCUAACAGAACCAAGACUUCUAAGUCUACCAAUACUCAAGGCAGUACUGUCGCUAAAUCCGAAAAAAGUAUGGCCCUUGAUAGCGAAGUACAUACUCCUGAUACCAAAACCGAAGCAGACUCACCAAAUGGUCUGGACAGUCAGUCAUACGAGCCUAAGACGAAAAUAAAGGAGUCUGAACAGACAAAAGUGAAAAAUAACGGUAAUGGGACAACCGUGCUUCCAGGGCCUGUGAAACGUAGAAGGAUGCGUGCAGCAAAUCGUAAAAGAGCUGCAUCAUCUGGAGAGAGUGCUUCAGCUCAGGUGAUGCUAGAUGCAUCCGGGGCAAACCGUGACAGAAGAGAUAGCCCAAUUUGGUUCUCGCUGGUUGCUUCUGAAGAUAAGAAAGGAGAAGUUUCCUUGCCCCAGAUUUCUGCAUGCUACUUGAGAAUUAAAGAUGGAAAGAUGCCUGUCUCAUUCAUCCAAAAGUAUCUAGUAAAGAAACUCGAUCUGAAGGAUGAUACCGAGGUUGAGAUUCUGUGCCGCGGUCAGCCUGUUCUCCCGACACUGCCACUGCAGAACCUGGUUGAUCUGUGGUUCCGGACAGCGUCCACAUCAAAGAAAGUACCGGCAUCAGUCGGUUCGUCAGCCAAGGACUUUGUGAUGGUCCUCUCGUAUUGUCGAAAAGUCCAAGAUGCAUGAAAGAGCUUAGUUAGAAAAUUUUCAGUUCAUUUUCAAUUUUCCAAUACACAGUCACCAAUACUGCUGUUGUUGUUGUUAUUGGUAGAUUUAAGUAUUAGCUUCUCAUUUAGUCAUGUGUUGCUAUACCAUGCGGAGAGUGAGCUAAUAUUUAUGUUUGAAUUCUUUGAUUGUUUUAUUCCAUUUAUUUUUCUCCAUAGUUAUUAUCAGAUAAAUACAUGUGCUUUUUAUGUUAUCCA